AUGAUCUUCCUCUCCGCCGACCACAGCUUCUUCGACACGUGGCUGGGCAGCAGAGCGGACGAGUCAUGCUUCAAUCUUCUCAUGGCUGGAAGUCAGCAGGCUCUGCGGUACAAUCGUCGUGUCUGGGCCCACUGGAAACAGGUGCUUGGGGAAGCCUGGACACAGUCGGACCGGCUGAGCCUGCCGCACGAGGUGAGGCAUGAGAUUUGCGACGAAGCCGGCCGCUGCUACAUGGAAGCUGCGCUUGAAGACAUGCGGUCAUUCUUGCAGAAGGCAGACUUGUCAUACUCGGAGAUGGAGCAGCCGCUCCCAGAUGUGCUUGAACACGUCUUCAGUCAACUGGCCUCGCAGGGGCGGUGCGGUUGCAUCAUCGUCUGCAACAGCAAGAGCUCAGUCCUCCUGAGCUGCGGCCACGGCAGUUGCCCACGUGUCCACUUCGACCCGCACACCGCGACUCUGGAGCACAUGACGUCUUCUGUCAGUGUCAUUUGUGGUAGCGCCGCAGAGCUUCUGGCAUGUAUGACCGGACCAGGGUUGUACGAGGCUCACAUGACAGCCACGGCCUAUUUCCUGAAACUAGGGCAGCAUACCUCGCCAGCUGGGUCCUGCACUUGCAUCUGGCCGGACCAUGCUGGCAUGCAGGAUCCUCGCACUCUGUGUCCGCCCCCUGCUGCCCUCAGCCAGACCAGAGAGAGGGCCGAUCCGGUGCAACCCGGAGCCACGACUGAGAAGGAGCCCGCCCUGGACUUUGGUGCUCUGGUCAGGAGCACGUUUGCCAAGAGCACCACCAUUGAUCUGGAGGGUGACUCCGAUGCUGCUGGGACACCACGGCCCAGACCGAAGAGACCGCGAACCUUCAGCCCCGAAAAGCACACCAAGCCCGCAGAAAAAUCAUCCGUGCUGGUGAAGCAAGAGGUGCCAGUCAAAAAGGAGAGCUCAGCCGUUGGCGAUAUGGUGCCGGUCAAACAGGAGAGCUCAGCCAUUGGCGAUGUGGUGCCAGUCAAGCAGGAGAUCUCUGCUGAUGUCCUAGUCCUCGAAGACACGAAAGAAGCCGGAACAUCAUCUGGGGCAGGCAGCAAGAGCAAGAAGCCGAAAAGAACAUUGGUGGAGAUUCGUGCAGAGAGAGAUCUCAAAGAGAGGGGGAAGCAAGCCGUUAGGAGGAUGCAGAUAGACUUUCAGCAGGACUUUCAGCCGGCUCAUUCCUACAAACUCGACCCAGGCCACUGGCUCGCCUUUCAGAAAGCCCUGGCACUGGGCCGGUUGGACGACCUGGGCUGUGCGCAUUGCCUGAACCUGGUGACGAGCAAGGGUGCACCCAUCCCCUUAGACUCGGCUUCCGAGGCAAUAGUGGCAGUGGAGGACCAGCCUCUUCUAAGGAGGGAGCGGGCUGGCCAGAAGGAGUUCGAGGCCCGGCUGCAGAGGCUCAAAGAGCAGGACCUUUAUCGUUGGCUAGCAGUUCGUCGCCCCAACCUCUACGAAGCCGACCCUGACAAGCCCACAGUCCUCUGUUGCAAGAUUUGUGGGUCCUCGGUUAAUGCUCGCAGAACCUCAACUAUCCACUACAUACUCCAACACGAAAGCUACGACUUCCACGUGGCAGCUGAAGCGGCAAGGCACUCCGGGCGAGAGUGCACCGGAGUGGCGUUGGUGGAGGGCUCGGGUGUGCAAGCAGCUGCCUAUGCCUCAUCCUUUUGGUGCUGGGCUGCGAAUCGUUUCCCUUGGUCUGGCAACGAGGUUGCACAUGCUUGCCGAAUUGAGGCACGUGAGACCGUGCCUGUGAUCCGGGCCCAAAGCUGCAUUGACAGCGCGGCACGGUUCGUGCCAUCGCAGAAGGCACUGGCAUGCUCUGCUUGCACUGACCUCGCCAACCGCAUGUCCUUCAUCCAGAAGGUCUGUCGGUGGUCCUACUGCAUCGACUUGUGCCACCUGCUGCAGGUGUCCGCAGAGAACAAGAAGCGCAUCAUGCAACACGAUGCCAUGGCAGAUGCGGACUAUGUUCCCUUGCUGGGUUUAGGCACGGAGCUGGAGAAGCUCCGAUCCAUGAGCCACCCGCAGCUGUACACGCACCUGGACCGCACCUUCCUGUCAACCCCACACAAGAUGUGCAACCAGGCACUGCUGCAGUUGAUCGAGACCCAGGUGAGCUGGAUCCCGCGACACCUCAAGGAGAGCCCAUCCAAGGACAUCAUCCUGCGGGAGUGCGACUACUACGUUGGACAAAGCCUGGAAAAGGCCGCAGAUGCGGAGAAAGGACUUGCCCAGUUGAUCCUGAACGGAGUGCUGCGGCAGGACGAGGUGAUCCAGACUUUGGUUACUGCGUUGGUGGCUAAAGCUGAUCGACUGCAGCAGGGGAAGAAGCGGCUCACCUGCAGCUCGCUGCCCGGAGUGACGGAAGCAGCACUCCACGAGGUCGGGUUCGCCCUGGCGGCGCACUCGUCGAGCAGCGGCGGGCUGCUGCGGUUGUUUGGGUUAAACCCAAAGGGCAUCGGACAGAUCGGCUUCGAUGAGCCAGGGAUGCCAUACCUGCUUUGCCCGAGCACAGAGCCUGGAGAUGGGGUGGGCCAGGUGUCACAGCUGGCGACCAAUGCGGCCUCGGCUUUGUCUCUGCUCGGCGUCCGAGGCUCCAGAAAUGGCUGCUUGAUCUUCGACGAGACAGUAUUUUUCCCAAAGUACUGCUUGGCCUAUCUCCCCUCCGGUCCGGCUUUCGUGGGGGGGGCGCAUGAGAGGGCAGUCAUCCCAGCUACCACAUGCCCUUCGACACUCAAGCUCACCGAAUUGGCCCAAGAGACGUGCUUCUUCAUGCUGAAACGAGCAGACUCCAGACAGCAGGUGUACACCAUCCGAGUACUGCCCCGACGCAAGAAAAGAGUGACCUGGCAGGCUGUGCUGGAAGACACGGCCACGACCUGGAAUGCCUGUUUGCAGGGCAAUGAGGGUGUCCCCUUGAUGACUCAAAGUCAUGACAAUGCUGCAGCGCAAGCCCCCCUGAAUAGACUCUUCUUGGGCUUGAUGCCGGAGGGCGAUCUGGAAGGCCGCGAUGCACAAUCGGAUCAAGAGGCCAGCUGGGUUUUGAAUGCCAAUCUCCUGAGCCUGCAGAGCUGGGAUUCGCCUGGAAUCAUGCUCUUUAUGCUCCUGAUGUCAUUCACAACCGGCCUCUGGUUAGGUGCCGCUGCUUUCACCCCGAGAGAGCUGCUGCACAACGCACUGAGCGGCUUUUACCUGGUUUUGCUGUGCAUUUCCGAGGCUUGGGCGCGGAAUGACGGAGGCCAGUGGCAGAGCUUCUUUUUCCACCGCACGACAUGCAAGAAUCUGUUGUAUGUGACCGCGCAUCUCAUUGAGAGAUGUCGCCGAUGGACUGCUGAUUGCCCAUGGAAUCCCAGCAAGACGAUGGAGGACUCUGCCGAGCAUGCCUUCUCGCAGAUCAAACAAGGCGCUCAAGGGGCGGUUACUUUGAAGCAGGCUUUGCUUUCCACAAUGCGGAUGCAUCUGCGGCAGCGAGGACAGGAUCCCAAACCAAAGGACAGGGACGUCACAUGGACGGGAUUGACCGACGACGAGGCCACUGACAUCGCCAACUCGGCUCUGCGGGCAGUCUGCACACUCCGGGCAGUGGUUGGGGUAAACAUGGAUCCGGCCACAAUCGAGCAGAGGCUGCGAACCUGGUUCAAAGACGUGGGUCAUGCCUUGCUGUUCCAGGGUGGCCCCGAGGAGCUUCCGGAGGAAGACGAGGGCGAGCUGGGUUCCGAGGAGGAGACCGAAGAGGCAAUGUGUGAGGCUGCUUCUGUUGAUCCUGCUAAAAGCCUGGCGGUCACCUUGGAUGGACUCGCCAUGGAAGCAGAAGCCAAAGAGGAGAUCGCUGCCUUGGGCAAAACCGUUCCUGAGCCAGCUGCGGAUCCAACUCCAGACACAGUGGAAGCCGCCCCAGCCUUGAGCCCCAACAAGAAGCCACGACCGGCCGCGAAGACUUUGGCUUCGAUGCUAGAGCAUGCGGGCUUCGCUUCGUUCUCUCCCCACGAGAAAGACUCUGACAGGCGAGCCGUGCAGCGGUGCCACGAGCUCGCCCCCGAGAUCGUCAAGCUGGUGACGGAAAUCAGGGAGAAAGAGGGCUUCCUGAGUCUUGCACAGAUUCGGGGUGGGACCCAGCGGAACAAGAAUCGCCACAACGACUUGAUGCACGCACUGGCGAAGGCGCAAAGGGCAUAUGGCCUUGUGGGAGGAGCUGGCAGCUGGAUCAAAUUCUCCAAGAUGGCUGCUGCAAGGGCUCAGGAGGGAGAAGGCGACAAACCUGUGGCAGAGCCUUUGAGUUCUUUCCGGCCCAGCGUGCACCGGGCCCCGGCUGGUGACGACGCCUGCAACCGCUCCUACCAGAUCGUGGCAUGCAGGCUGCACCAGCUUGGCGAGGUGAAGCUUGCACUGAUCGAACAGGUGUGGAGGGGAAGCAUCGGCAGAAAAUCCAAGGCUGGCAGCAAGCCUUGCGAGGCCGAGGUGCCAGCUGCUGCUUGCAGAUGGGUCCACUUGGUCGAGCUCCAGAAGCUGACCAGUGUGACCUACCAGGCCACGUCCUUGUCUCCCAGUUGGUGCAUGGACCCGCUCUCAUGCGAUGCUGCUAUCUUCUACGGCAUCCCUGUCGAAACAGUUGAUGAGAAUGAGUGGCGGAUCCUGCUGUACCUUGACAAAGAGAAGGUCAAAGCUGCACUGAAACUGCAAGGGGUUGCGAUGGCGAGCAGCGAGCCGGCUGAUGAUGGACAGACCGAGUCUGCGGAGCUCUUCACAAUCCACAGCUUCCCACCGACCAAAGCUGGCCGAGAGUGCAUGGUACGAUACAUGGACAAAUGCCGGUCCAUGUUCGAGCGAUUGGUGGAUGCACCGAUGCUGGACGAGUCUGGUGUCCCCACUUUCUUCAAGAAUCUCUCAGUGGCCAAGAAGCCGACCUGGGAUGAGCUGAAAGCCAGAACACCUGCGUACUUUGAGACGUUGCUCCGGGCUAAGAAAGUCGGACAGGCUAAGGCGCCAUCCAUGACCGCGGAUGAGUACUCGGCAUCUGUGUGGAGCAAGUUCAGCUACGUGGCUCCGGUGAAGGAGAAAUCGAAGUGGGUAGAGUUUCUGCGUGCGAUCGACAGCGUUUCACCUGGGGUUUUACCGGAGUGA